AAUAAAUAUGAUGAAUAAUAAGAAACCUCCUAUACCACAAUGUCCUACAGUCCCAGUUGAAGAAGAGAUCGAAGAAGAUUUAAAAACAAUAGAUGAAACAGAAGCUCCACUGUUGACAGAUGACGCCAAGGUCUUAUUAGAAUCUAUUGGGACUGAAGUAAUAAAGAAUGAUACACAAGAAACAGCUCAAAAGCUGGUCGAUAAUGUGGAUGAAUUAGAACAAACAAUAACAGCAUUAGAUAAAAAGUAUAAUGAUUUGAUGAGCUGUGAAAAAGCAUUGGAAGAAAUUGAGGAAGAAAUCGAUAAACAGAUUAAAGAAAUGACUAAUUAUAUAUCCGAAAUUCAAUCAAAUCCUACUCCUGCAGUAAAGUAAACAGAUUUAAUUAUAUUUUAUUAAAUGGACCAAUAAUUACUUCUAUUUUUUUAUUUGUACAAU